AUGGGCAAGAACAAAGGCAACGGCGGCGGCGUCCCGACUAAAGGACGUGUCCCCAUUCGAGGCGGUCGCGGACGAGGUGGAGGUCUGGGUGGCCGAGGUGGCUUCCAACCUUUUGCGGAGGCUGGUCACGUUCUCGGCGGAGCUUCUGGCUCCGGCUCUGGCUCAGGUCAUGGGUCGCCACGAGGUGGUGCAGCCAACGGCAGACCCUUCCGCGGUCGAGGACGAGGAGGACAUCUCUCAGUGUCGGGUCAGAACCGCGUUGGCUUCGACUACUCUGCUCUGUCUAGAGGCAGUCGCCGCGACUACAACGACGAUCAAGACAACAAAGAUGAGGACGAUGAGGACGAGGCUGACUUUGCGAUAGAUCCACCAGCAGGCUACAAGCACAAGAUCAAGCCGCAUCUCGAGAAAAGCGCGCACUCUGAUAUCGAAAGUGAUACAGCCAAACUGCAAUCCUCCUUCCAGACUCCAAACGUACCAUCAGGCUCUUCAACGCAUCAGUGCGCCUUCAGCAUCACUAUCAAUAACCAUGGCAGCUCAUCCAUGCCACGCUUCACUCCACGAUCUACCGCGCCAGUUCAGUUCCCAGAAUUCUACACGAGCAGAGGCAGUGCAAGUGGCGCCAAGUUUCGUCCACCAGAAGAGACGGAGGAUUCAAAGUACCUUGCCGGUAUUCCUGGCCUGCGCAGACCCGAACGACGACAGCAGCGCAACGCACCUCAACUUGGUGAUCCUGCUGACCAGGUUCAAAGCCCGUUCCGAGUUCCUCUUGCAUUCGUCAAGUCGACCGGUGAGUACGGCGAUCCGCUCAAGGGCAAUCUCCCGCCAAGAGAUCCCGAAGAUACUUCUAUUGACCCAGCAGCCAAGCAGUUGGAAGAAGCGCGCCAACAACAGCUGAACAAUCCUCCUGCUCAGCGUCGCCAUGCUUGUCUCGGAUUCUCCAAUCGCCCCGCUAUCAAGCCGGCAGCACCUGCGCAGGUCAGCAAUGCUGAGGCGCCUGUUACCAUGUCCACUCCUGCUCCACAGACUACUGCGACGCCGUAUGUGCCGCCUCGUGCUGUUCUGCAGUUUACAGACAUGACAGUCAAUGCUUUCGACUUUAACCAUGAUGCCAUCAACGCGGAUGACCAAGAUGAAGUCAACGCGCUGCUUGCUGCCUUCCCUGGAUCCAAGGAGCUUGCGCCUGGCGAGUCCAUGUUUGAAGAUGAUGCCGCAUCCUCCUGGACUUUGCCUGCUUUCCAGCCCGAGGCCGUGAAGCCGAUUCAGCUACCCACCAACACCAGCCAGCGCAACGCAGAGAACCCCGUAUUUGCUGCCUCUGCACCAGCGAAGUCGGCUGCUCAGCCUGCAGUCGAUGCCAACAAGCCUUUGUCUCGUAUCUCGGCGACAUCGUCAGACGACGACGAAGAGAUCAUUCUCGUUCCCUUGCAAGGGCAGACACCUCGUGGCACAGCCGCUAAGCCAUCCCCAGCACCAGCGCCAACAGAAAUGCAAGACGAGGUUGAGGCAGCUCCCACAGCAGGAGUCGAGGUCGUCGAAGAGACCGAUCUGGGCUUCGUCAUCGAUCUCGAAGGCGAAGAUCCAGCAGCUCCUAUCGAGUCGCCGCCGAAGAGCAUUGCUACUUCAACGUCGCACCGAGUAGUGCUGGGCGAUGCUGCACGUUCAGCCUCGAAAUCCAACGCCUCCUCUCGCAAGAAGCAGUCAGCAACGCGAGGCAAGCCCCGUCGCAUCCCACGCGAGGGCGAUUCUGAUCUGGAUUGGGGCAACGAUGGACCCCCUGGCGGUUCCGGAGACGUGAUGGGCAAGGAGGAAGGCCUCACAGCAGCAGCUGCCGGCAUCUCCAUCACACGCAACAGCAACGAAGCGGAGGUUAUUACUGAUCCCAUCCUAGCCAAAGCUAUCCGCGCCGACCGUCACGAAUGGGAGUCAGCCGACGACAAUGAUAACGACAUCACCAUGGACAUGGUCCAGCCUAAGAAGCGUGGCAGAGGACAACGCGCCAAACGUUCGACCGCCAACCGUGCUGCUGCCUCGCGCACCGCUGCUCAGAACGCACGCAGUCGCAAAGCUGAUCAGGAUGCGAUCAUCGCUGAUUAUAUGGAGAACAUUCUCAUUCAGGGCAACGACUCAUCUGAUGAUGACAAGGAAGGGUUGUUCGAGACUGACGAUAUGGUCGUCGAGACCGUCGAUGGCGAUCUUCCAGCUGGCAUAUCAGAUAAGGGCAAGGCUAAGGCUCGUCGACUAUCGAACCAGCUCGACGACAAGACCGACGUGGAUGCGAUGAUCCGCUUCAUGAAUGGCAUGGAUCCACAGAAGGGCGGCCGUCAGCUAGGGUUCGGUGACAUCGACGACGAGAUCCACAUGGAUGAGGUCAAGGAGUGGCUCACGGAGAGCGAGGCUGACAGCGACGAUGACGAUGUUGAAGAUGCCGCUACCGCCGACGUCAAUGGUCAUCCUGCGGAAGUCAAAUCGUCCAAGAAAGCUGACAAGCAAGAUGCCUCAGGUUCAGAGGAUGAAGACCUUGCCGAGCAGCUCCGCAUCAUCCUCGAGGACGACGAUGACGAGGAGAGUAGUGAGGUCUUCAGCGAAGACUCUAGCUCUGAUUCUGAGGGCGAUGAUACCCGCCAAGCCGAAUACGAUGACUCCGACGAUUCCGACUCUGACUCGGACUCGGAUGAUGACGACGAUGGUAUGUUCCGAGGCAAGAACUCCUGGGCUGACGAGGACGAAGAGUUCAUUCGUGCCCUCUCGUCGCAAGUCGGCGGUGCCGGCACCGGCAGUCGCCUUGGUGCAGCGCCUUCCUCCAAACGUGCACAGAAGAAGCUCUUUAAUGCCAACUCUCGUGGCGACUUCAACGACCUUAUGGACCUUGUUGCCGAUGAGAACGAGAUCGACUCUGACGAUCCUGCCUACGGUCUCGGAUCCAUCCCCACUGCACGCAACGGCAAGCGCAAAGGUCGCAAGUUCACAGCCGAAGAUCUCUGGGCUGAAGAACUUCAGCAGCAAUGGGACAAGGACCGUGCCAGCAAAGCAUCAAAGAAGCAGCAGCGUCUCAUGGAACGUCAGGCUGCCUCACUCAACCCUUUCCCCAACACGCACGGCAAAGCAGGCAGCGCUGGCAAGACCAAGUCGACCAAAAAACAAUCCAAGCUCGCUCGUAAGGCAGGAAAGCGUGAAAUGCGAGCCAGCCUCAAAGCCCACUCGAACAACGUCGUAUCUGCCAUCAAUGUUGCUGGAUCUAUCGAUGAUGUUGAUCAGAACAUCCUCAUGUUCGGAGGCAACUCUGUGCCUGGAGAUGUCAUGUCCUUGGGCUUGGAGAAGCGGUUUGCAUUCAACAUGGACGAGCUUAACCAGCAGAUUCAGAUGUUCCUCUCAGAGAAGGGGAGAAACACGAUGCGCUGUCAGCCAAUGGACAAGUUUGCACGUGCCGAAGUACACGCGCUUGCUGCAGCGUACAAUCUUGCGUCCAAGUCGAAGGGCAAGGGGCGUGAAAGGUUCCCGACGUUGAUCAAGACGAGCAAGAGCGGGCUGAAUGUGGAUUAUAGGAAGGUGAAGAGGAUUGUCUGGUCAAAUGCUGGUGCGACGUUUGGUAGCGAUCUUGGCAGGAGCGAUUUCAAGGACAAGUCGAGGGGUAAGAAGGGUAAGAGAGGUGGUGGUGGCGGAGGUGGGGUCUACGGUGUGGGUGGCGGAACUGUACCGAAGAAUAGAGAGGGCGAGGAGGUUGGAUUCGGUGCGGAUAAGAUUGGAGCUGAUAAUAUCGGCCACAAGUUGUUGGCUGCGAUGGGUUGGAGAGAAGGAAGCGGUAUCGGUAGUUCACAGGGUAUGGCAAAUCCUGUUUCGGCUACUGUCAAGACUUCGAAGGGCGGUCUUGGGUUCUAA